ACUGUAAUGUACUGUACUGUACUGUACUGUACUAUAACUGUACUAUAACUGUACUCUUAGUUAAUUAUUCUAAUUAUAUACUAUAGAUUUCCUGUACAUAGCACAGGACCCCCAUUACAUAUUUUUCACCUCCACUAUAUCACUCGACGAAUAUCUCUAAUACACUAACUAAGAUGCCUAUUGAUUACUCCAAGUGGGAUAAGAUUGAACUCUCGGAUGAUUCCGACAUUGAAGUCCAUCCCAAUGUGGACAAGAAAUCAUUUAUUAAAUGGAAACAAAGAGAUAUUCAUGAAAAGCGUCAACAAAGAAAUAUCGAAAUCAAAACUAUUUUAAUUCAAUUAACUAUGUAUUCAAAAUUAAAUGAAAGAGUUGAUUAUAUUUUAAAUAAUUUACCUAAACCAGUAUUAUUAUCUAAUCAUGAAGUCUUAACAUUUCUUAAUCAAAAAUUUGAUAAAAAUGAAAAAUUUGAUUAUAAUAAGUUAAUUUCUGAAAAGGGUGAUAAUUUAAGAAAGGGGUUAAAGGAUUUAGUAUUUGAACCUGAAGAAGUUCAAAAUACUCCUCCAUAUAAUGAAAUGGUAGAAGAUUUACUUAUUCAAAUUAAAGAUGAUCAUCCUGAUCAUAAGGAAGAUGCUGAAAAGAUUAUUGAAUAUUUAAAGGAACAUCGAGCUAAAAUUGAUGAUGUAUUAUCUAAACAAACUAUUAAACUUGAUGAAUUAUUAUAUCAAAAAUCUUUAUUAAUUAGUAGUGAUGAUUAUCAUACGGGAUUUGAUCGUUCAUUCUUAAAUAAAGAUAAGAGUGAAGAAGAAGUAGCACCAUCUAAAUCCACUUCCACCUCCACCACUAAAAAGGUAACAACCACUACUAUAGAAACUAUUAAUGAACCAUCAUCAGCAACAACAACUCCUCAACAAGUUCAAAAAUCAGAUAAAGAUAUUUUAGAUGAAUUAGAACUUUUACCGGAAACUUCAGAAUUUGCAAAUAUUAAAUCUCUUGAUGAUUGUGCAAGUUAUUUAUUAAAGCAUACUCAUAUUUGUAGUGAACAACAAAAGGAUGCAUUAAUUAUGACAGCAUUUGAUUUACAAUUAGAAGGUAAAUCAAAUCAAGCCAAACAAGUAAUUCAUCAAUCAUUACUUUUACAAUAUAUUUCACAAUUAGCAGGACCUCAUCCAAAUCGAGAUCAAAUUAUAAAAGCAAUUAAAUUAUUUAUAUCUAAAUUAGAAGAAACAAGAUCCCCAGCUCAAUUGGCAUUUUUACAAGAUGUUGAUAAUACAUUUAAUCAUAUUAAAACUCGAUGUGAAGUAAUUAAAUCUGAAUAUAAUUCUAAUAAUGAAAAUGGAGAAUUGGGUGAUGGAGAUGGAGAUGAAGAAGCAUUAAUUCAAUUAAAAGCAUUAGAUGAUAAUACUCAAUUACUGGUAAAUAUUCCUCAACCAGGUACUUCAGAAUAUGAAAUCUUUACUACUAAAUUAUCAUUAGAAAUGCAACAAGCAGUUGAAACUAAAUCUUUAGAUGAAGUUAAUAAAGUAUUUGCAAAAUUAAAAGUUGAAGAUGCUGAACAAGUUCUUGAAAUCUUUAAUGAAUGUGGAGUUAUUGGGAUUACUGGUUAUUUAGAGAAUGAAGAUGAAUUCAAGGAAUUACAGAAGCAAUACAAUGAAGCUGAAACUGAAACUGAAACUCCACAAGUUAAUGAAUUAUCCAUUGAGGAUACUGUAGAUUGAAUUAUAUAGGCGUUUGUUUAUUAAAUGUAUGCACAAGAUUAAUUCAUAGAGAUG